ACACAGCCGAAGUUCAUCCAAGCACCAAGCACGGGCGAAAUCCACGCGACCCCCUGGAGCGAGGAGCCAGCUUGUCCUAUCUGGCGGCCCUGCUUUCUGAACAUCUUCCUUAAAUCAACAACGGAAACCACCACGGCCGAUAUCCCUCAACAAAAGGCGCCAAUUAAUAAAUAGGAUACGAGUCGCAUUAUCUUCGCCAUGAAGUUUGCGCUACUUGCCGGGCCUCUGGCCCUCGCCGCCAAUGUCUUGGCCACGUCCCUCACCUACCGUCUCGACGCCCAUGAGAAGGCUUGCUUCUACGCCAACACAAACCACAAGAACGAGAAGAUUGCAUUUUACUUUGCUGUCCAAUCCGGUGGUUCUUUCGAUAUCGACUACAUUGUUGAGGGCCCUAACGGCAAGAUUGUCCUUGAGGGUGAAAAGGAACGCCAGGGUGACUUUGCUUUCACUGCUCAGGAGGCUGGUGACUACUCGUUUUGCUUCAGCAACCAGAUGAGCACCUUUGCCGAGAAAUACGUCGACUUUGAGAUCAAUGUCGAGAACGAGUCGCGCGCCGAGUUACCGUCCAAGCAGGGCUCUUCUAACGAGCAGACAACCGUGCUUGAGGAGUCCAUCUACAAGAUUUCCGGCCAGCUUUCCGCCAUCUCGCGCAACCAAAAGUACUUCCGCACCAGAGAAAACCGCAACUUUGCGACCGUUAUCAGCACCGAAAACAGAAUUAUCAACUUCAGUAUGAUCCAGAGCUUCCUUGUUGUUGCUAUGGGUGCCCUGCAAGUCUUUGUUGUGCGCUUCUUCUUCCAGGGCGCUCGCAAGGGUUACGUUUGAACAUUUUGCUUUUUGCCAGUCAUUUACCAUCAAGCAUCGAAAAUUUCUUCUUUUUACAAGGUCUAUAAUGGUUUAAUUGUUUCCAACGGCGCUGGUUUCAAAAAUGAUGCGGGUGGGGGGUCAUGUAUAAUAGAGUGCUUGGGCGCUCGAUAAAAGACACCCGCGAGCAAUUGAUUUAGGCUCAGGGGUCUUCCAGAGAAAUAAUGGGUGAUGCAUACGAUGAAUAUAAAUCAAUAUUAUAAAAUAUACGUCUUGUCAUGCA